AUGAAGGCGGGUUUGGCGAUCGUGGUUGCUAUGGGGGUGGCUUGCUGCUACCUACUCGUCACGGCAUCGGCCCAGGCAAACCCUUGCGCGGGUGCCACGCUUCAAAACAAUUGCGGGGCGUGCUUCAACGCCUCCACCGCCGAUGUCAAGUGUGGCUACUGCAUCGCCUUCCUGACUUCCGACUACUGUCACCCCGUGGGGACGGAUGGCUGGCCUGCCGAUAACCGGCUCUGCUACGGCGAGGACUACGAAUGGCACGCCACGAGCUGCCCUGACCCGUGCGAGUCCCAGGGCGACUGCGAGCAGUGCCGCUACAACUUUGGAAGCGGUUGUGGGUUCUGCAUGACCACCAACCGGUGCCUGGCCUCGUCUAAGAAGGGCUCCUGCCCGGACUGGAGGGAGAAGUUUAGCGACCCCAACGCCUGCAUCGAGCAAUACACCUGCGCUCAGACCACGUUCUGCUCCAGCUGCGUGACGAAUCCCAACAAGUGCCAGUGGUGCGGUGGAAUCAGCGGCAGCUGCGUCGGCAUCGCUCAGACGUGCGCAAACAACGCCACCUCGACCACCGACACCGCCACGUGCUCCGUCAUCGCGCCCGGCACGAGCGCAGCGGCGGUUCUCACGUCGUGGAUCUCGAGCUUCUUCUUCUUCUUCUUCUAG